CUCUCUCUCUCUGUGUGUGUUUCCUAGAAAACCAUCCAAAGAAAAGGUGAAGGUGUGAGCAGGCGACAUUGUGUAAAUGGAGUCCGCAAGCGCAGCCAAGAGGAUGUGGCGCAUAGUGAGGGUUGUGGUCUACAUGAUCCGGAAAGGGCUCUCCAAGGACAAGCUCAUGAUGGAUCUCAACCUCCUCCUCAAGCGCGGCAAGAUCGCCGGAAAAGCCCUCGGCAACCUCGUCACCUUCCACCACCACCAUCACCACCACCGUCAUGGCGCAUCCUCCAUGUACUCGGGCUUCUCUUGCCGGUCCAUGGACCCCAACCGCUCCUUCUACAGCCCCAAGGAGGUGGAGUUCAGCUGUAGCAACACUCCCUUGUACAAGCGAAAGAACCGCCACAGCCACUUCGACUACGACUACGACUACGACUACGACGCGGUGGCGAAGGCAUUCGAGAUACUGAACUCGGAGGCGUCCGACGCUGAGUCGGUCAUGGCAUCGCCAUCGCCAGCCCCGAUGAGCUGGAGCUUCGUGAAGAGCCCGGCGGGGGUGCGACAACUAAGGAUCACGGACUCGCCAUUCCCAUUGGCGGAGGACGAGGAGGUGGACAGCCACAUCGACCAGGAGGCGGAGGAGUUCAUCAAGAGGUUCCACGAGCAGCUUCGUCUUCAGCAGAGGAUUCCGCUGACACCGGAGUACAAGCACCACCGCCGUGAACCGCUGAUGGGACGAGCCUGAGACGACCUUCUUCUCACUGCGAUGCUUCUCUGUGAACGAGUAGAAUGUGAAUAAUCUAUGUUGCUUACAGCUGCUUCAGUUUCCGUGAACGCUUUCAUCAUCAGUCUGCUUCAGCUAUGGAUUCAUUUUUGCUCUUCUUCUUGUGGCAACGAAGCACGCAUUGAUUGCAUCGUGUGUUGUGGUGGAUUGUUUAGGAUAUCAACCGCAGUUUGCAUGGCUGAGGUUGCCGGAGAUGUUGAGAGUGCCGGGAGUCAUAUAUCGGUCAUACACAACAACAAGAUCUGUCACACGGAUCUCAAAAGGGAGUUUGAUAUACUGAACACGUGUGUGAUCAUGAAAUCAUCGAUGAACACGAAUUUUAAUGAAUUUAGACUGCCUGCAAUCAAAAAAUAAAAGACAGACAGCUCCAAGAGAGAGUUAUCUACUUUCAA